CAAGCCUGAACUCAAAAUGAAGUUCCCAAUAAGUAUAAAACUAAAUCUCGCCUAGAAAUUAAGCAAUAAAACAACCUCGAAAAGAAAAUCGAAUGCCCUAAAGCAGGUGGGAGGUUUUUCUGGCGUGGGAUCGUGCCAAACCGCUCACCAGGCAUCUCCGGUAUUCAGAGGGUCACAAUUAAUGAGUAAGCCAUCAGUGGAAUGGAAUUCAUUAUUUGAAGGAAGCUUUCCGGGAAUGUUAGUUGCAGACGCCGAAUGCUCGCCGCUUGAAGGAGUUACUGAAGUUAGUCGCAAGCGAUAAGAUUUGGCUCGGAGUGCGACCAUGGCAUCCCCGGAGGGCGCCGAGAUCGCUGUGUGGGUGUGCCAGGAGGAGAAGCUGGUGUGCGGUUUGACCAAGCGCACCAGCUGUGCCCAGGUGGUGAGAGCCUUGCUGGAGGACCACCUCGCCAACGCCGGCGCCACCAGGCUGCUGCACGCACCUGCCAAGGACUACUGCAUCGUGGAGAAGUGGAGGGGCUUCGAGAGACUCUUGCCCCCUGCCACCAAGCUGCUGAGGCUCUGGGCGUCCUGGGGAGAAGAGCAGCCCAACGUCCACUUCGUCCUGGUCAAGGCGGGGGCUUCCCUGGCCGUGCCGGGGCUGAGGAGCGCCGAAGCCAAGGUGAUCCAGAACAAGGGAGGUCAAGGGGAAUUGAGUGCCGCCCAGUACAUCAACAGCCUGCCGGCCGAAAAGCAGAAGAGGAUGGUCCGCAAAGCUUUCAGGAAAUUGGCCAAGAUGAAAAAGCUAAAGCAAGGACGAGAGGGGAUUGAGACCUUGGUGCAUCUGAUCCUCUCCCAGGACCACACCAUCCGCCAGCAGCUGCAGAGGAUGCGGGAACUGGACGCCGAGAUUGACAGGUACGAAUCGUGGACUCACUUGGAGCGGAUACAGAAGGAGGGCGAGAACUACGUCCAGGAGACGUACUUGCUGGAGAGUAGAGAGGGUGGAGGGCAGGUCGGUGAGAGGGGACAGCUCCAGGAGUACCUCAGCAGGAGGGACGCCACCUUCCAGCUGCAGGAACAAAUUGAGCAGCACGGGGAAGCCAUCGAGAGACUGUCGGCGGAGAUCCAGCUGGAGAUGACCAGGCUUUGCGGGGCCGAUCCGGGCAAGGCGCAGGGUGCCCCCGGCUCCCCGAGCAUCGGUCAGUCGGGCCGCCUGGCCGAAACCGAGAGAAUGCAGAGCGAAUUGGAAGCCGUCAUGUGCAUUGCCCUGCAACUCCACCAGGACCUGUCGGAGGUGCAGGAGAAAGUGAAACGCGAGGAGUUGGUGCUGAGUCAAAAGGCGGCGGAGUGCGAGCACUUGGUGGAACAGUUGCAGUCUCUGCACCUUGCAGAGGGCGGGGAGAGUGACACCCCCGUGUCCGGGCCGGCCAAGGCUGCGAACAAGUGUGUGUUGCCCCUAAAGAGUGUCAAGGCUCCCCCCAAAAGCUGCUCGGAGCAUCCCUCCCCUUCCGAUGUGAAUGACACGGAUUCGGACACGGGGAUCAGUUCCACGCACAGCCAGGACUCUGAACCGUCUUGUGUGGAGGUUGUGACCGCUUCCACAGAUUACCUUUAGUCAUCCUGGCCGUUUGUUAACGAGAGUUUUUUUCGUAUUUUUUCGUUUACGACCUUUAAAAACAUAUCAUCCAAUAUGCUGUGUGAAUGUUGACAAAUACCGAGAAAAUGUAACUUCAUCCCACCGUGUUAGCUCGCUGUUAUCUGUCACUUUCUUCAACUGCAAGAAGCCUGAACACAAUCAUACAAUCCUUUCAGAGCUAAUGGAUCAGGCAGGACUGUCGUUGGUGUGCUGUCUGUGUGGGUUCUAACAUUCCAGGUCCGGAACUUCAUAGUGUGGGGUGGAAGUUGCCUGUGCAUGCUUUCUUUUCAGGCAGGGUGCCAUAGCACAACAGUUAAGAAGAUGUCGAUACAAUGGCUAGGGGGACUAAGAUGACUGGAGACACGCUCUGCUGCAUGGAUGUUAAUGCUCAAACAUUGGUGGACAUGCACAUGGGUGUGAAAAUCAUAGACAAAACGAUUAGUGGGACACAGUGGUGCAUUAUUCAAAUAGAAUCAAGCACAAAUAGAUCUGCAAAAGUCGUAAAUGUAAUCCAAAAAAAAGAUGUUGUACUGCGCAACUUUACCGGGAACUUAAAACCGACUAAACGUGUAAAAUCACUGGGGCUCCAUUCAGUGUGUUACACGUACAAGAGUCAAAGAUAGCACCUUAAAGUAAUGUAUAAAGUGCAGACCAAGUAGUCUAUGUGACUUUCGGGGGACGUGUUGCAAAACCUGUAUCAUUGCAGCCCGCCUAAGUAAACAGCGUAUUUCUAUGUGCUUAUGCCUUGGCUAUAGGCAUCAAGAAAAGUUCAUGGGCAUACACUGAUGUGGAAUAAGUACUUUAAAUAUGGUACGCUGUGAACAGAAGUGGACUAUAGUGAGUUUUAUAGUUACACUAUUCAGACAAGUUGUUGGCAGUGUGCCAACAACGAAUAGCAAGGUCUCAAGACUUUUAAUGAACAGUUAACAAGAACGGGCAUUUAAAUAAGUGAGGACGUGUGGAUUUUCUUGCACUGUAUAUAUAGGCUACAAUAUCAUAAAUAUAUUACUUCCUAGAGUAAAAACCAUCAAUGUAAAUUAGAAAUAAUGCUGAAAAUUCUUUUUGAAGUUAUAUUUAUAUACAAAAUUGACACCAUAGAACUAUUUAUAACACAUCAAUAAAAAUUAUUGAUUUAAAAAAUAGUAAUUUUCCACUUUGAAGUAUUGAUAUAUCAGAAUGGAGCUUGUCUUUCCAACCUGAGCAUUAAACUUCAUUGGAACAGAAAGCAAAUAGUUUGGAGUUAUGUGUCAGGAAUAGAACCUGCCUAAAAUUGCUUUCAUUGAGUUGAAUUAAGAAAAAAAGUCCAUCUGCUCUGUAAUGGACAUGGAAUUCUUCCUGUCAGAUUUUUCCAAGUAUUCUUCCCAGGCCAUGUUAAAGACACCUGGUGCAGAUGCAUGUCUUAAGAUAUCUAUAAGCAUUACUUGUGCAUGAGAGAUAAGGGAAAAUACAUGCUUCCAUCUGUGAAGAUUAUUAUUUAAUCUUUAGGAUAAUUCUAAAACAAAUUUAAAACCUUCUAAUUGUGAGUCUGUCUCAUGUAUUCAGACUUGAAAGGAUCCUAACUGAAGUAGAAAAAAACCUGGAGUUGUUCAGCCAUGUACUAGAUGAAUGCAUAUUAUCUUCCUCACAAGUUUUUAAUCUUUAAAGCACCUUUUCCUAUUAGGGCUGAAAACAGCAGGGAAGACUCUUAUUAACUCCUUUUUAUGAUAUGUUGAGGCAGCCACCACUGUUGGACUUCAUCAUUGCAUUCAGAGUGGCCAUGGUCAAUUUAUAACCCUUGUAUCUCAGAGGUAGAGAGUAAUUCCUUUGAGCUAGGGGAUCACUCAAUUUGGAUGUUAGUAACCUACAAACUAUCCAAUAUCUAGUCACCAGGGUUAUUGUGAGUCCUGAGUGGAGAUCCAGUCCCUCGCCUUCUAACUCAGAUCUGGAUGGAGGUGGAGGAGUGCUAAAUCUAAUUUCAAUCUUAUUUCCAAUUGUGACUAAUAUUGCAAUUAUCCUGUGUAGCUUUUAUAUAAUCAGUAAGCAUCUGGAUUAACUUUAACCAAGCUAUUAUAUCACUUCCUGGUGUGUUUAGGCACACAAGCUUCCUGAAAAGUUGGAAUCCAUAAGAAAAACUGAUUAAUAAAAGCAGGGUAUUUAAUAUUCUUCAGUUGAUAUGCAAACUUGGCAUUGAAUCAUACAUAGGGUUAGUUUAGACAGUGGAUAAUACCAGAAGUCAACAAGUGGGUAGAGCUGAUUUCACAUGCCUUCCUUCCUCUUGGAAUCUAAGGUUUUUAAGCUCAAUGUGAAUUAACCAUGUCAUCUUACUCUUUCAGUGUUGGUGGCACACCACACUGCGAGUCUUAGUCUUUACUUAGAUUUCUUAAUUUCAAAACACACCUGUGGAACUGUCCAUGGUGGCAUUACUGCACUAAAGGUCAUCUUACAUUGCUAACAUAAUCUGUGCAUAUUUAACAAUGAGUUCAAAGCAGAUUUCCUUAGUCAGUAAGCAGAUGACAUUUUCCUUUAACAACUUUUGGUGUCCCUGUUAUCAGUUCCAUUUCAGUUAGGAAAAUAAAUAGUCUAUUGGAAAAAGCUAGAAGGCAAAUAUGACAUAGGAAAGUAUAGUAAGUGUUCUUUAGAGGGUGUUGUUGAUUUUCAUUGCUGCAUGUAAUGAAUUAUUAAGCUGCUCUACAGUUGCAUGAUGCUAAUGUAAACUCAUUUGAUCUCCUGCAGACGAUUCCAUGCAAUUGAAAAGGCAGUUGAGUUCAUCCCUUAAAUUGCAGCUAAAGUAACAGGCCAACAUGUCUUGUUGUCAGCCACUUUGAAUACUAAAACAAACUACAAAAUACUUUUCCAUUGCUAUUACUUUUUCUAGUAUCCUGCAAAUUCAAAGAGACAACAAGGAGAUGCUCAAAACAACAAUCCAGGGUGUAGAAAAUAUCAUAAAUAAUCCAUACUUCCUGUUCUCACACAACCGGAGAACAGGUAAAUUAUUUCCUCAUUUUAUGAGGUAUAGUAGCCUGGAGAUUAAGUAACUGAACAGUAUCCAGUGGCUUGAAUAUUGAACUGGAGACAUGGGUUUGAAUCCUACCAUGGCAGUUAAGACAUUUAAAUUCAAAUAAUUAAGUAAAUCUGGAGAAAAAGGCUGGUAUUAGUAAUGGUGACCAUGAAACUACUGGACUGUCAGAAAAGCCCAUUUGAUUCACUAAUAUCCUUCAGGGAAGAGAAUUUUCUGACCUUGCCUAGUAUGGUCAAAAUUUGAGAACUGCAGGAAAAUAAUUGAAUCCUCACUGCACUCUGAGGUGAACUGUCCCACUCUGCCUAAGGAAAUUUAUCAGUGGACGAUGAAUACUGGUCUUUGCAACAAUAUCCACUUCACAUAAAUGACUGAACAUUAUAGCUUGCAUUUCCAAAGUAUUAAUUCCUUAUGUACUCUCAUACAGGUAAAAGGAUUUCAAAAGAAUGAAGUGUGCAUUGUAUCUGAUGAGAAGGAGAACUGCUGUUUUGUUUCUUUAACUGAAAAUGCAAUACAUAAUUAUAUUAGAAAGAGCAAAUUAUAGUCAACUGACUAACUUCAAUUGUGAUAACAUGUCACUUAUUAUGUUUAUUCUACAGCUGAAAUGAGUAAUGAAAAAAUAUUCAAUGAAUCAACAUUUUGAGCACAGAAGUUUGUGCAACAACUUUAACCUUAGCAACUUCCUUCUCCCAGUAAAUUUGUCCUCGACAUGCCCCAGGUAAAUUACAUAGUUCAAGGAAUAGUAAAUAUCUCUCAAUGAACUCUGUGCCAAUAAUAGGCCCAUAAAAUGGAAAGGUCAUGAAUUGUUAAGAAAAUAUUUCUUUGACAGCUUUUAUGUGCGUCCUGUCACUUUCUCUGAAGAAGCUAGUUGUGAUCAAAUACAACUUUGUUGUAAAAGUUAAUGGCAGUUUUUUUUGUUUGUAUUUUGUUAUUUUAUGCAGUGUUCGCCUUACCUUUGCAAUCAACUUGUUAAGCUUUCCUUUGUUUUUCUCAAGGAAUUAUGUUACCUGCUGAACAAAACUAAACAUUCAAAUAAAUAAAAUUUCAACUAUUUUCACU